CGUGACGUCACGGCCCCGCGGGGCUGGGAGGCGGGGCUGGAGGGCGGGGGCGGGGCCCGCGCGGCCCUGAGGGAGCGGUGAGAGCCCGGCCCGGCCCGCGCCAUGCCGGGGCUCGUCGUGUUCGGCCGCCGCUGGGCCAUCGGCAGCGACGACUUCGUGCUCCCGGGGGCCUUCGAGCUGUUCGUGCGGCUGGUGUGGUGGAUUGGGAUCCUUGUCCUUUACACGGUGCACAAGGGGCAAUUUAACUGUCCCGGGGGGGGAUUGCUGCACAGCUACUUGCUCGUCCUCAUCAUCCUCCUGGCUUCCAUAAUAUGUGCGUUAUCUGCUCUUGUGUACAUCAGUAUGCAAGGAACAAUUUCUAAUCCCGGCCCAAGAAAAUCACUUCCCAAAGUACUUUAUACUCGCCUGCUUCUCUAUUUCCCUGAAUUCAUCUGGGCUGUGUUAGGAGCUGUGUGGGUGUCAGACAGCAGUGUGCACUGUGAGAAGACUGUGAUAAAUGCCAUCAUUUGGACAGUUAUUGCCAGCUGGGUUAUCAUCAUCUUUACCGUCAUCGGAGUCGUCAUUGUCUUUGACCCGCUGGGGGGGAAGAAGACACUUUACCUGACGGAUGGUGUAAGUCGGAACCUGGAGAGCAGCCAGUCGGGGCAGCUGCUCUACAACGUGAAGAGCUCGGCCACCAGGGUGUGGGAGAAGAGGAUCAGGCUGCUGUGCUGCUGCAUCGUGCAGGAUGACGACCACCGGGUGGCCUUCACCAGCAUCGCAGAGCUCUUCCGCACCUACUUCUCGGACACUGAUCUGGUGCCAAGUGACAUAGCAGCUGGUUUGAUUCUGCUCCAUCAGGAGCAAGAUAAAAUGGAGAGUUGCCCAAAAGAGCCUGAAGAAGUCCUGUGUCAUUCUCCGUCAUCUCUCGUGACUGAUGAUUUGGAUGUGGAGCUGGAGAAUGCUGCUCACUACAUGCUGUUUGCUGCAGCUGCCUAUGGCUGGCCCUACUACAUAUACACCAGCCCAUUUACUGCACUCUGUAAGCUCAAAGGUGACUGUUGCGGAAAUAGACCAACAGAUUCUGAUAUAACGGGCAGUGAUCGGCAUAACUUUCACUUUGGAUCCAUCCUAAAAAUAACAGGACUGCAGUACAGAGACUUCAUUCAUAUCAGUUUUCAUAACAAGAUCUAUGAGAUUCCAUUUUUUGUUGCUUUGGAUCACAAAAAAGAAGCUAUUGUGGUUGCAGUGAGAGGAACCUUGUCUUUUGAGGACAUUCUCACAGAUCUCUCAGCAGACUGCGAAGACCUGACGCUGGAGGAUGUUCUGGAGAAUGGCUUUGUGCAUAAGGGAAUAACUCAAGCUGCAACUUACAUCUAUCGAAAACUAAUAAAUGAUGGAAUUUUAAACCAGGCUUUCACUAUUGCUCCAGAAUAUAAACUUGUGAUAGUUGGCCACAGUUUGGGUGGUGGGACAGCGUCCAUCUUGGCCAUCAUGCUCAGGAACUCCUUCCCCACGUUGAAGUGUUACGCCUUCUCUCCUCCAGGAGGGCUCCUAAGCAAAUCACUUGCAGAUUACACUAAGCACUUCAUUGUUUCAGUCAUUGUUGGAAAGGACCUUGUUGCAAGGUUAAGUAUGCCCAACAUGGAGGAUUUAAAGAGGAGAAUAGUGAGAAUUGUGGCAAACUGCAACAGACCCAAGUACCAGAUUUUGCUGCGGGGGUGUUGGUACGAGGUAUUUGGAGGAGAUCCCGAUGACUUCCCAACGGAGCUGGAUGGGAGGAACCAAGAAGCCCUGAGCCAGCCCCUGCUGGCUGAGGAGAGUUUAAUGGUUCAUCGCUCACCGUCCUACAACGCCCUUGACGAUGAAUCACAUCAGAAUUCACCACCUCAGUAUCCUCAUCUGUAUCUUCCUGGAAAGAUUAUCCACAUUGUAGAAGAAUCCAGCUCUCGGAGGUUGUGUUCCUCAGACAUUAAAUACACGGCGAGAUGGUCAAACGAAACAGUCUUCAGCAGCAUCUUAAUCAGUCCCAAGAUGAUCACAGACCACAUGCCAGAUGUUGUGCUCAAAGCUCUGAACAGUUUGUCUCAGGAACAGGGAGAGUGUCUGUCUUGUCAGACACGAGAAUACACCCCCGGUGCAGUAUAACAAACACAGCUCGGGGAGGAGCUGGGGGGCUUUUUUUGCAGGUUUCAGGUAUUCAGGACACAUUCCACUUCCAUGCCUAAGUGGAUUUCAGUACUUUUCUCACACUGCAUAAAAUGAACAAGGGUCUUACUGCCCUUGCCUCUGCAGCGACCUCGGGGAAUGUUGUGCUGGCUGAAGCACCAAGUCUGCGUCUGUGCCGGAGGUCGGGCUCUUCCCGAGCGGAUCAGUCCCGGCCGAGCCCGUGUCCGCUGCCGGGAGCCGAGGGGGCAGCUGAGCACUUGACACAGUGAAUGUGUGUGAGGACACGGCCCUGCCGUCCUUACGAAUCCAAACAUCCACUUCUGCUUCCAAGUCACUUCAUACCCUUGUCUGCGCCGGCCCGACCUUUGGGAAGCUGAGGGCGCUGCAGGGAAGGAGGCUGGAAGUGCUGCUGCAGCUCAGGGCUGGAGGUGGGUGAGUGGGCUGGCCCCGGGCCGGGUCUGGCUCAGGCUGUUCUCAGUGAUUGCACUAUUUUUCUUACAGAUUGUGCUGGUAUCCCAGUGUGGGGGAGUUGUGGUUAAAUGCUAUUUGAAUAUACAUGUGCAAUAUUCUUAGAUCUGUCUUUUGUAUUUCUUGAUCCACAUCACUACUUUUAUUGAUUUUAAACUAAAACUACUUAAUGAGAAGGAAAAAAACCCCCAUUGUCCAGACCCUGGCAUCAUCUUGAUCAUUAGCUCCAGCUCUGGCUACUGAGCGUGGAUCCUAUUCUGCCAAAAAUAUAUAGCCAGUUGUACUGCUUUUAAAAAAGUGGAUUCCUUGUUUUAGUGUGUAACUAUUUUAACUUUCUUUUUCUUUUUAAGGCUCAGCAGCAUUUAUUUAAAAAAUUGAUGUAAGUAAAAGUAACGUGAUGUGGUUGAGAAUUAACUGUGUGGCUGCUCUUGCUGUGAUAUUCAAUAUGGAGACAAAAUUAAAUACACAAUAAAAACUUGGCUCCUGUGA